AUGCUCCUCUGUGUCAAUCACACAACGCGAUCGUAUGGACCGUCUCAGCUCUACACCUUGGAAUCAGAGUAUGAGGCCCAGUUCCCCAAGAACGACACCAACUCCACCAAGUCUGUUAAGGACAACACUAGUAUGGAACGACUCGCAGCUCUCAGCUACCUGGAUGACGAAGACGAUCUCGAUCUCACCUUCGGUAAUGCCACCAACGCCACCAAUCCACUGAACCUUACUUGGGUUCAGAUGGGAGGCUCAUGGGAGGAGCAUCCAUUCAUCCACCCGAACUUGACAUACGCGAUGAAGAACUUUACUAGAUCCUACGCCGAGUGGGCCAACCCCUUCAACUUCGGUCACUAUCAUACACGCUAUGAUCCGCACACUUUCACAAUUCCGAUGGAGUUCCGUGGUUCGAUGGUGAUCUACAUCUUCCUGCUCGGUACAGCUGCCAUCAAGGCGAAAUGGCGAACGAGAAUCGGCUGCUUCCUCUCUGCGUACAGUCUCUUCAUCGGAAGAUGGGACAUGGCGACUUUCUUGGGCGGCAUGUUGCUUUCAGAGCAUGAUGUUCGACGUUCAUCAGAUCUGCCACCCUCGGCUACUGGCGUGAAGGGUCGCGCAGGAGAUUUCCAACGAACAACAAAGGGAACAGCGCUGCGAUGGGCUGGCAUCGUCCUGGCGUUGUAUUUAUUGUCGUAUCCCGACUCUGGCGCUGAGUACACGCCUGGUUUCGCCUAUCUUUCAACCUGGGUUCCUAAGUACUACACGCCGCUGUCUGGAUGGAUGUUCUACGAGGCGAUGGGCGCAGUGCUCCUCGUUGCGUGCAUCCUGCGAAGUCCAGUGCUCGUUCGCUUGCUUGAAAGCCGCCUCCCGCAGUAUCUCGGCAAAGUCAGCUUCUCGCUCUAUCUUGUCCAUGGACCUGUGCUGCAUAGCUUGGGCUUUUGGAUUAUGCCGAGACUGUUUGACAGCUUCGGUAAGACGGGCGGAUAUGCGAUCGGUUGGGUUGUUCUGCUGGCCAUCACGUUUUACUUGACGGAUCUGUGGAACAAAAAGAUUGAUGGCUGGAGUGUAACGGUCGGAAGACGAGUGGAGAAGGCGCUCUCAGAGGACUGA